GGGGGCAGCUACUUCGUGAAGGAUCCGCAGGGGAAAAUCAUUGGCGUCUUCAAGCCCAAGAAUGAGGAGCCAUACGGGCAGCUGAACCCCAAGUGGACCAAGUGGCUGCAGAAGUUGUGCUGCCCGUGCUGCUUUGGGAGAGACUGCCUUGUCCUGAACCAGGGCUACCUGUCGGAAGCGGGUGCCAGCCUGGUAGACCAGAAACUGGAACUCAACAUUGUUCCCCGCACAAAGGUGGUGUAUCUGGCCAGUGAGACCUUUAACUACAGUGCCAUAGACAGGGUGAAGUCCCGAGGAAAGAGGCUGGCCCUGGAGAAGGUGCCGAAAGUUGGUCAGCGCUUCAACCGCAUUGGUCUGCCACCCAAGGUGGGCUCCUUCCAGCUCUUUGUGGAAGGCUACAAGGAUGCAGACUACUGGCUGCGGCGGUUUGAAGCCGAGCCGCUCCCGGAGAACACCAAUCGGCAGCUGCUGCUGCAGUUCGAGCGGCUGGUGGUGCUGGAUUACAUCAUCAGGAACACAGAUCGGGGCAAUGACAACUGGCUCAUCAAGUAUGACUGUCCCCUGGACAGCGCGGGUGUGCGGGACAGCGACUGGGUGGUGGUGAAGGAGCCCAUCAUCAAGCUGGCUGCUAUAGACAAUGGUUUGGCCUUUCCCUUGAAACACCCGGACUCCUGGAGAGCAUAUCCGUUCUACUGGGCAUGGCUGCCCCAGGCCAAAAUCCCCUUUUCACAAGAGAUCAAGGACCUGAUUCUUCCCAAGAUCUCAGACCCCAACUUUGUCAAGGACUUGGAGGAAGAUUUGUAUGAGCUCUUCAAGAAAGACCCCGGCUUUGAUAGGGGACAGUUUCACAAGCAGAUUGCUGUCAUGAGAGGCCAGAUCCUGAACCUGACUCAGGCGUUGAAAGAUGGGAAGAGUCCACUGCACCUGGUUCAGAUGCCACCUGUGAUUGUGGAAACAGCGCGUUCCCACCAGCGCUCCACCAGUGAGUCCUACACGCAGAGCUUCCAGAGCCGGAAGCCUUUCUUCUCAUGGUGGUAGCUGUGGGAGCCACGGGCAGGGCUUGGCCACCUCGGACUAGCACUGCGAGAGGAGCUGGGCCGCUGCUGGGACUCGACCUUCAGCGUAGAGCGAGCAGAUAUGGCUGGAAGAACCUGCAGCUGAACUGAAGGAGCCAGGCAGAUUGGGCAUGGUGCCUCCCUAGCUCCACUGGAGCUUGGUGCCCUGCCUGGGGCAGAGGCCAGGGGGAGGUGUGGGAAUCUGCCAGGAACUGUGGCAUGGCUGGGACCCUGCUCCUGCCUCUGUUCCUUGGCCUGCAUGCGGUUCUGAGCACCCCUGCUUGGGGCUGGGAUGAACAGGCUACCUGAGCCAGGAUCCGUCCAGCCCUUUACACCAGCCACUGGCCCUUUUUUUUCCCCCACCAUGCCAGCUGCCAGGCUGGGAAGGCCUUUAGCAGGUGAUACCCGCUCUGUUUCCCUGAGGGUGUGCUGUACUCCUCCACUGUCCCUCCGGUGCCCCAACCACGUGCACGCUGCUUUCCUCAGGGGGAGUUCCUGCCGCCCACUGGCGUAGCGGGGACCGCAAUGAACGGUUGUUCUCUGGCUAGAGGCUCGAGGAGGGGACAUAAGAGGGACAACACAUGGUAUUGGCUUGGGUGCUGUUAGACAGUAAGGGGAAAAAGGUGCUGGCUUGUCCCUGUGAAGAGCAGGUGGCUUUGCAGAGCUCUCCCCUUCUGCCCCAGUCCAUUUCCCCUGCCUGGUCUCCAUGGCUGCUCUUGCUUGACUUUUUCCCCUCUCCCAGCAAGCUUCCUGGCUGCUGUGCAGCCAGCAUGGUGCCAGCCUCGUCUGUGCCUAGGGACCCUCUGAGGGGCAGGGGCUGCCAGGGAAGGGCCAGAGGGGCUCUUCCACCACAUGGGUGGGAGCACUGGGGGACCAGCAUGGAUUCCUGGCUGCCCUGGAGCUGACAAUCUCGUAGGCCUGCUGUGCAUGGGGGAGGCAGGGAGCCCCUCCCUCACCAGCAGCUGCUGAGUUUUAUAAAACAGCACCAGGGCUGCUGCCUGCACCCACUUGCCUUGAGCUCUGAACUUCUCAGGCUGCUGGGGAAAAGUCAGUGUUGGGUCUUGUCCUGUUAACCCAUCUUUGGGGAGUGAGAGGGAUGGAGGCAGGUGAACCUGGGAAGGCAGAGCAGUUGCUUUGUCUCUUGCAAUGGGAAGGGGGCUCAGCACUGCCUGUAUAAGCACAGAGGGGACAGCAGUGGAGAUCCCAAUUCCCCAGCCAGGCCCAGCUGCAUUUGACUGACCCAAAAUGUAUUGUUCUAAUGCACUGUAGAAAUGUAUGUAAUGUAUUUAAACCAUGAAUAACAGAGCUGCCAUUCAGCUUGCU